AUGAGUGGUGUCUAUGUUCAGUCAGAUGCAUCUAGUUUUCUGAGUUUCGAUGGUUCAGAAUGUCGUGAAGGCGUGGACGAUAGUAAGAAAGGUCAUCAGAGUUUGGUGGAGUGGUUAAACGAGACACUUCCUUAUUUAAAUUUAUCAUGGGAAGCUUCAGAGGACGAACUGAGAGCAUGCUUGAGGGAUGGAACUGUCUUGUGUAACCUUUUGAAUCAGCUUAGUCCUGGUUCAAUGAGAAUGGGAAGCAGCUAUGAGCCUGCUAGUGUAAAAAUUGAGGGGUUUCUGACUGCUAUGGAUGAAAUGGCCCUGCCCAGGUUCGAGGUUACAGACAUAGAGCAGGGGGAUAUGGUGCCAGUUUUACAGUCCCUUAAGGCGCUCAAGGCAAGUUUUUCCGAUGGUGGUAAUGAUAAGAACUCGCUAUAUGCGAAAAGGAGAUGGAGCUUGCCAGAGGACCACUCAGGUUCAAGAGGAGAUGACCGAAACUUUACUGAGGGAUUUCAGUCGAAGGAAGAAUCUGAGGUUGAUAUGUCUGAUGCUAAAAUUUCAGAGUUACUGAAAUCGAACAGUUUACGGAAUGCUCCGACUCGGUCACUGUUUGACAUGCUGGAUAAGCUUCUAGAUGAGAGCGUGAAGAAGAUGAAUGGACAUGUGUCUCAUGCAAUGGCAUCACUCUUGAGCGCACUUGUGCAAGUGAUAGAACAGCGAAUCUCAAAUCAAGCUGAUAACCUAAAGAAUCAAAAUAUACUCUUUAGGGUACGUGAAGAAAAAUACAGGUCAAGAAUAAAGGUCUUAGAAACCUUGGCAGCUGGGACAACAAAGGAAAACGAGAUUGUUACGAACUGUAUGGAGCAUAUAAAGCUUGAGAAAACCAAAAUAGAAGAGAGAGAAAGGUCAGAAGAAAAAGAUGUGGUGCGACUGAAAAAGGAAAAAGAGCGCAGUGAUGCUGAGAUUCGCAAGCUGAAGCAGGAACUCAAAUUGGUGAAAGAGGCACACGAGAACCAAUGCUUGGAUUUAGAAGCAAAAGUACAAAACACUAAAGUCGAGCUGGAGAAGAAGUUGAAGGAUGCGGAGAUACAUGUAGCAGAUUCAACUAGGAAGGUGAAAGAGCUGGAGAAGUUUUACCAAUCCAAAACUCAAAAAUGGGAGAAAAAAGAGGGCACCUAUCAGAGCUUCAUAGACAACCAGUCUGGGGCCUUGCAGGAGUUGAAUGCUACUACGGUUUCCAUAAAACAUGAAGUCUUAAGGACACAGAAGAAAUACUUAGAGGAUCUAAAUUACUAUGGUGUAAAGCUUAAAGGAGUGGCUGAUGCAGCGAAAAAUUACCAUGUGGUCCUUGAAGAAAAUCGAAGACUGUACAAUGAAGUGCAGGAGUUGAAAGGAAAUAUCAGAGUCUAUUGCCGGAUUAGACCAUUCCUUCAAGGGCAAAACAGUAGACAAACAACUAUUGAAUACACUGGUGAGAAUGGUGAAUUGGUGGUUGCGAAUCCAUUUAAGCAAGGCAAAGACACACAUCGGUUAUUUAAGUUCAAUAAAGUUUUCGGUCAAGCAGCAACUCAAGAGGAGGUUUUCCUAGAUACUCGACCAUUAAUUCGAUCCAUUCUCGAUGGCUACAAUGUCUGCAUAUUUGCCUAUGGACAGACUGGCUCUGGGAAAACUUAUACAAUGAGCGGGCCAAGCAUCACUUCGAAAGAAGACUGGGGUGUCAAUUACCGAGCUCUGAAUGACUUGUUUCACUUAACUCAGAUCAGACAAAACACUGUCAUGUAUGAAGUUGGUGUUCAAAUGGUUGAAAUAUACAAUGAACAAUAUAAGAUUUUCCUUAACUUGCAUACGUUAGGGAUUUGGAAUACUGCCUUACCUAAUGGGCUAGCAGUCCCUGAUGCAAGCAUGCACUGUGUGAGAUCAACAGAAGAUGUGCUUGAGCUGAUGAAGAUUGGGCUUAUGAACAGAACCGUUGGUGCCACUGCGCUCAAUGAAAGGAGUAGUAGAUCACAUUGCGUUCUUUCUGUUCAUGUUCGUGGUGUCGACGUGGAAACCGACUCUGUGUUGCGUGGUAGUUUACAUUUAGUCGACCUUGCUGGAAGUGAGAGGGUUGAUCGCUCUGAGGCUACCGGAGAAAGGCUUAAGGAAGCUCAGCACAUUAACAAAUCACUGUCAGCUCUUGGAGACGUCAUAUUUGCUUUAGCACAGAAGAAUCCCCAUGUACCAUAUAGAAACAGCAAAUUGACUCAAGUCCUUCAAAGUUCCUUGGGAGGACAAGCCAAAACUCUUAUGUUUGUUCAAGUCAACCCUGACGGAGACUCAUAUGCUGAGACCGUUAGCACAUUGAAGUUCGCUGAGAGAGUUUCUGGUGUGGAGUUAGGUGCAGCAAAAAGCAAUAAAGAGGGACGAGAUGUUAGACAACUCAUGGAACAGGUAUCAAACUUGAAGGAUGUAAUUGCCAAGAAAGACGAAGAGCUUCAGAAUUUCCAGAAGCUAAAAGGUAAUAACAAUGGAACCGUUCUAAAACGAGGUCUAAGCAAUCUAAGGUUGGUGGGGCCUUCAUCACCUAGAAGACAUUCAAUCGGAGCUUCACCAAACGCUCGACGAGGAAAACCCCCUGGUUUAUUCGGAAGAGGAGCCUCAGAUGUCGACAACACCUCAGAGUAUAGCAGCAAACACUCUGAUUCUGGUUCGCAGCAUUCGUCAGACGAACGUAGACACCGAAAGGAUCUUCACCAACAGCCGUCUAAGUUUGCUGGUGGUGGUGGAGCGAAAGAAAUUGAUUUUGAUGAAGAUGUUGAGCUCUUGGGACUCGGCGAUGCAGAUUCCGAGGAGAGAUUGAGUGAUAUCUCUGAUAGUUGUCUCUCGAUGGGAACAGAGACUGAUGGCUCUAUAAGCAGUGCAGUGGAGUUGACUCUUUUCCCUGAAACCGUUAUGCCUCCUCCUGAGAUCAUAACCGAACGACCUGAAACACACGUGACCACCUCUGAGAAACCUGAGAAGUCAUCGAGAAUGGUUAAAGCUGAGCCAAAAGAGAGAACUAUUAUUCCAUCGAAGAUUCCGAAGCAGACCUUGAAACCACCAGGACAAACCAGACCUUCUCGUCUGUCAAUUGCCACUAGCUCCUCCUCUAAGGCCUUAACAGGUGCUAAAAGGCCGACGAUUAGCACUUCAUCUUCAGCGAAGCCACUCAACCGAAAGCGGUGA